AUGAGCCGUCUCGCAGAGGAAACAACUGUCGAUCAUGCUGCAGCAUCGGAACAUCAAAAUAUGCAGGCGCCUGAUUGUGGAUCACAUAGCAAUACUGAAUCCGAUAGGGACCCGAAUAACGAUGAAGCCUCUUCAAAGCCUGCCGAUGCUGAAGUAGUUUUAGGAUCCAGCGAUGAGGAACCAGCCGCUGGCGAAGGUUUGUCUGAGGAAGUUUAUGAAGUUGAGAAAAUUCUUGAUCACGACGAUACCGAGGAAGGGAUUUUCUAUCUGGUCCAUUGGAAGGGAUUCGGCGACGAAGACGAUUCCUGGGAGCCUGCCGAAAACUUGGCUUUUGCCACGAAAGCUAUCGAUGAAUAUGAAGCGAGGAGAAAAUCAAAGUCGAAAAAAGGCAGAAAAUCUUCAACAAGAACGCCAAGAGCUAAGAACAAGUCUAAAAGCCAAGAAAAAGAGCAGAAAAAAGGGAGUGCUUCAAAAGAACAUGCGAAGCCGAGUCCACCAGUAAAUUCGAGGAAGCGCGGACGUCAGCCGAAAGCAUCUGUUAGUGAGAAAUCCGAAUCGGAACCAGAAAUCCCUUCAGAUGAUGAUGAUGAGUAUAUGAACAAGGAGAAAUCGAUUAAAAAAUCGGGUCCAACUUCGACAUAUUCUGGUACAGUUACCAAAGCAGCGCUGAAGUCAUAUUCUCCGACUACAACCAAAACCUCUAGAAACUCAUCUCUGUCGUCACCAUUGCAAGUAGACACUAUGUCUGCGGCUAAAAAGGUGAGUUCUGGCGAAUUCCAGGCUCUACAGAUGCGCCAGUCAUGGCUUUACGACAGCGACUCCGAUGAUGAUUCAGGACCUGAAAAGGAAAAUGAGAAGAAAAUAGAUCAACACAAAAAGAAUGAAACUGAUCUAGAGAGUAUGACAAAAAUGGAGGAAGAUAAACAUAAAAAACAGAUGGAAGAUGUGCAGACACUUGAGGAAGCGCAGAAAAGCAACGAUCGCAAGCGCAAAGCAGAGGAAAACAGUGUUGAGAAGAAAAAGAAAUCCAAGCGUGAAGUGCACGAAACACCUAGUAACUUCUCGGAGGAUAUUGGGUCAGCAACCUCGUCAGAUAGAGUUGAAAACGGAUCGUCAACUGUUGCUUCCGGUAGUGACGUUCGACUUCAAGAUCAGCCAGAAAUUUUUGCCAUUGCUCGAGACAGAGAUGGUCGUGUGAGGGUCUUAAUUGGUGUUGACGGUGUAAAGAAGGUGGUGUCAUUGCGAGAUGCGCACGAUGCGAAUUCUUGGGGAUUGGUACAGCACAUUCUCAAGUUUGCGCAUUUCACGGAUUUCGAGUCGUAA